CGGGGGGGCGGCGGCGGCUGCUCGCCCCACCCCGCCGCGCCGGGAGCUGCCGCCCCCCGGCUGAAGUCCGGUGCCGCCGCGCCGUGCCGUGCCGUGCCGGGGGUGCCGUCACUCGGCGCUUCCAGCAUGCUCCUAAGAUGGCGGUAGCGGCGGCGGGCGGCGGCGGGGGCGGCCGGGCGCAGCGCAGCGGCUGGCUGGAAGUUUUGGUGCGGGAGCGCUGGCACAAAGUGCUGGCCAACUUGGGCGGCGAGGCGCUGGUGCUGAGCGGCGAGGAGCGCCCCGACGGCGCGGCCCACAACGGGCUGGGCGGCGAUGGGACGGCGUGCCGCGGGGCCGAGGGCGGCGGGGGGCCGGCGGCGGUGCGCACCGCCUUCACCGACCCCCCCGAGCAGGUGCCCGAGGCCAUCUCCAACAAGAAGCGGUGCGUGAAGGUGCUGAAGCAGGAGAUGGGCGGACUGGGCAUCAGCAUCAAGGGGGGCAAGGAGAACAAGAUGCCCAUCCUCAUCAGCAAGAUCUUCAAGGGGCUGGCGGCCGACCAGACCCAGGCUCUCUACGUGGGCGAUGCCAUCCUGGCCGUGAACGGCACCGACCUGCGGGAUGCCACUCACGACGAGGCGGUGCAGGCGCUCAAACGGGCCGGCAAGGAGGUGCUGCUGGAAGUGAAAUACAUGAGAGAAGCAACCCCCUAUGUGAAGAAAGGCUCUCCUGUGUCAGAGAUCGGGUGGGAGACGCCUCCCCCCGAAUCCCCGCGCCUGGGCUGCGCCUCUGCUGAGCCGAUGUCGCAGCUUUCGCUCUCCAUCCACAGGGACAGGAAGACAAUUCCUCUGAAGAUGUGCUACGUGACACGCAACCUGACGGUGUCAGACCCCGAAAACAGAAUUAUUGAAGUUCAUUCACCUGAUGCCAAGCACACCGUGGUGCUCAGGAGUAAGGAUUCAGCUACAGCCCAGGCCUGGUUCAAUGCCAUCCACUCCAGUGUCAAUGAGCUCAUCCCCAGGGUGAUUGCAGAGGUCAGAGACCAGCUGGGUAAAACAGGGAUUGCUGGAAGUCGAGAGAUUAGGCAUCUAGGCUGGCUUGCAGAAAAGGUGCCAGGAGACAACGAGAAGCACUGGAAGCCAGUGUUAGUGGUUUUGACAGAGAAAGACCUCUUAAUCUAUGAGAGCAUGCCACGGAUAAAGGAAGCCUGGUUCAGCCCUGUGCAUACCUACCCCCUGCUUGCUACCAGGUUGGUUCAUUCUGGCCCAGGAAAAGGCUCACCGAAGUCAGGGGUGGAUUUGUCUUUUGCAACCCGUACCGGUACAAGACAAGGGAUUGAAACUCAUCUGUUCAGGACUGAGACCAGUCGAGACCUCUCUUUGUGGACGAGGAGUGUAGUGCAGGGCUGCCACAAUUCUGCAGAGCUCAUCACAGAAAUCACCACAUCUUGUACAUACAAAAGCCAGGAGUGCCGCUUGACCAUCCAUUAUGAACAUGGAUUCUCUCUUACAACCGAACCACAAGAUGGUGCCUUCUCCAAGACAAUUGCACAAUAUCCCUAUGAAAAACUGAAAAUGUCCUCAGAUGAUGGGAUAAGGAUGCUUUAUUUAGACUUUGGAGAAAAAGAUGGAGAAAUUCAACUGGACCUUCAUUCCUGCCCGAAACCAAUUGUUUUCAUCAUUCAUUCCUUCCUGUCAGCAAAGAUCACAAGACUGGGCUUGGUGGCGUAAGUGGGAUCCAUCUGUUUCUUCGAAGAGAGACAGAGUAACCACACUGAUCUGAAGUACAGUCAACAGCAGCAACCUGUCCUAGCUGGCAGCAGACACCAGCCUGGGACUCAGGAAUGGGCAUUGGUCAUUUCUGCAGUCCUCCAAGGCCCAGGUUUCAUUUUGACCAGCUAAAGAGAUGGCAUGACAAGGAAGACGGGGGAUUUCAUUGUAAAUAAUGGGAUUUUAAAAUCCCAUGUGAGCCCAUAAAAGUGUGUAGUACCAUACAUGUAAAUGUUUCAGAAUCAUAAAUUGUGCCUAUUUCAAUGUACUUGUCUAUAUAAAGUAAAGGGCUAUGCAGACGAGCACUUGCUGGUUGUGAUGCAAGCCAAGUUUGGUUGGGGAGAAAUCCUCUAAAGAUUGUCCCAUCACCUAAAAGGAAAAGGUUUUUUCAGUCAUAAUCUGUGCACCUCUUACAGAUUUUUCUUUUGGAGCACUGCCAGAACCUGUUGCAUGAACACCCAGCAGAGCCUGCAAAUGCACACUGUUGAGUUGGACACUCUGAACCAAUCCAGCUGUGAGCAGCUAACAGCUGGAGUCCCCCCCACCAGGGCAGUUUCACACGAAGCAGUAACCACAUGUCUGUCACCCACAUUCCUAGUGAUGGAGCCAAAGCACAGGAGCAGCCACAGGGAUGGUACUGAGAGCCAGCUGUCAGGGGGGCACAGGCAGGAGGGUUCUUUGUUAAUGAACACAGGAUGCAUUUUUAUAGUGACUUCCCACAAGAGCUUAAUGAGUUUCAGCUAUCUGGGAGCCCCAGCUCAGGUAAAAGCUACCUGAAUCCAUUCUGAGGCAUGAUGAUGCUUCUGCCAGCUUAUCCCCAUGGCAGUUUUCCAGUAGAAAGCCAUGCUAAGAUUCUGUCCUCCUACCCCUCCUAAGUCACCACCUUUGCUCAGACAAGGCUGGUUGUGUGGUCUUCACUGAAGAACAAACAUAGGGAAGAGGAAGACUUGAUUUUAUGAGUUUGUGAAAAAUUUAUUGAAGCAGCUCCACAACAGUGGGAAACAUACACCAGGGCAGGAACAUGAGCUGCACUCCUUGACAUGGAACUGCUCCUAUGGGCAUGAUUUGGCAAGACCAGGUUUCUUGCUGGGGAAAUACAAAGUGUUCACCUCCAUGCCCACAACUUACUCGUGACUGUUUUGCACCACAGCUUACUGCUGUGACUCAAAAUGUGAUUCACUGAGUUCCAGCCUUGUUCACUGCUACUUGAGCAGCAAAAAGCAGGCAGGAACACUGACUUUCAGCACCAGAGAUGAUACACACAGGUCACACCUGGAAAUAAGAAACUGGCAUCACAUGAUCUGGUGGGAAUAGGAAGAAGCAAAACAGGGAUGCCACUUAUGUUGUUCUUCCUUUUUAAAAAGAACAGCUUCACACAUGGGUGGGGUUUUGUCUACUUUUAGAGUUUUGCCCUAAAUUCACACUUGAAGGACAGGAAGUAAUAGAUUCAGUGUUUGUGGAUGUUCAGUUUUCCUAUUACAACAUUUCUUUGAUUCCUGAGAAAGCACAUAGAUUUCAAUUUAGCAUCACUUGGCUGGUAAAGGAGAAAAUUAAAAACACAUUUUGGUUCCACGUUGUUUUAGAGCUAAGUUUGAGAGUUAAGCAUAAGUCAUGCUGUCUAUUCAAAGCACAAAAGAUGGUGAUUUCCAUAGGUAUCUUAAUCACCAAAACCAAUUAAAAUAUUGGGAUGAUGGGCUGAAUUCAUAAAUACAGAAAAUAUUCACUGAAGAACAGCUCAGUGCCCCAUUGGAAGAGCAGCCCCACUCCCAGGACCUCUCACCAGUCAAAGGCAUGCCAGGGAGAGAUCCACCCAGCUCUGCACUUUCAUUUUAUUGUCAUGGUACUUGCACAUAAAAUUAAGUCCUCAUGUAAAUCAGCAAGGAGGUAACAUGUUACCUAACUUACCAGUAAUUUCCAGAUGGACAUUUCUCAUUUAGUGACCACUGCCAUUCACACAACUUUCUGUGGCAGUUACUUGGGACUCCUUGGGCUUGGAAGCUUCUGGAAGAGAUCUGAGAAGCUGAGAGCAGUCGGUACGCAGGGGACAGGGCUCUGAGGAGGAGCUCAUGUCACCUUACCAAGGAAACUCUUGUGUCAAGUCUUUAAAAACCAGUUCAGGACAUUUUUAUUGCUGUUCCAAAGUACAAUUAAAAAAUUUGGAGAUAGGCUCCUAUAAAAGUGCUGGGGGAGUAGGUAAAAUACAUAUGUCAACUAUACUGCACUAUUUCCUUAAUCCUUUUAACACAAAUCACUGGAAUGUUAUACCUAACAUGUAUGUGCAUUGUAAAUAUUACAAAUUCCUAUAUUAGUGCCAACAAUUAAAUUACACAAAAUGUAAUCUAAGGUGCUCAGUACUAUAUGAAGUCUAAGUGAAUAACUAAGCAGUUUGCAAAGAAAAUUCAUAUUAUAUAUAUUUAUAGAAAAAAAUUAAUGAUGAUUACAGAUGCUAUUUCUUCAUUUUCAGAUUUUGGACUGAUUCAUAUUUGGAUGGGAUAGACAAAUGAAAUAUGAACCUACUCCACAUUUAUAAGAGUAUAGUGAAUAUUUAUAUUUUAGAGGAAAAGAAUAUAUUUAAUAAAGUCAUUUAUUGGAUUUUUGUGACAUGAGCUUACUUUGUAUCCAGACAAACUAUCUGGAAGGCUGUCCUAUGGUUUUGGGUUGGGAGAAAUACAUUUAAACUUCAGCGUUUCUGUUAAGAAUUCUGUUACUGGAGGGAAGUGUUGAUUGCAUUGGUGGAAUGACUUAAAAACUUAAAAUUAAAAAAAAAACAAACCCUGAAAUCCCACAGGGAUGUUUCAGGACAGAUCACUCAGACAGCUCUGCUGAAGUUGCAAUGCUUCCUCUGUCAUUUACACUGGACUAGGUAGUAACAGAAGACUUACAAAAAAUUAAGAAAAAGCAGAAAUUUCUGCUCAAGCUUCUGCACUCAAGGACUGAGGCCAACAUGUGCCUUUCUUCUCUUAUGAAUGGUUAUAGGAAAACAAAUUUUUUUUCUCCUUUGAUUUAAUUCUUAACUUAGUGGCCCAAAUAGAAAAGCUUACUGUGGGAACUUAAGCCUUUUCUUUCAGUCUGACCCAAGUUAUGAUGGAACAGCCUCAUGGAAAGCCUAAAGGAUAUAUUCCAGAGUUUCACUCUUCUCACAAAAUAAUUACUAUAAAUGGAAUGGUCUUAUCAGAAAGUUUAUAUAGCAGCUUCAUCAUGAGAAAGACUGGGAUACUUAUUGGAGCAAAAAUGUUAUUGGUAAAAUGUGAUGUAAAGUGUUUGUUUAAAAAAAAUAAAAAUAAAGCUGAUCUGAUUGCGUUCAGGGAAU